AACAUGGUGAACGUUCCUAAAACCCGCAGGACUUUCUGUAAGAAGUGUGGCAAGCACCAGCCCCACAAGGACUCUCUCUACGCCCAGGGAAAGCGGCGUUAUGACAGGAAGCAGAGUGGCUAUGGUGGGCAGACUAAGCCAGUUUUCCAGAAAAAGGCUAAACCUACAAAGAAGAUUGUGCUGAGGCUUGAGUGUGUGGUGCCCAACCGAAGAUCUAAGAGAAUGCUAGCUAUUAAGAGAUGCAAGCAUUUUGAACUGGGAGGAGAUAUGAAGAGAAAGGGUCAAGUGAUACAGUUCUAAUCAUCUUUUGUUUUAUCAUGAAGACAAUAAAAUCUUGAGAUUAUUA